AUGCGCUCGAGCAAGCCUCCUUCUACUGGAAGCACGGUUCAGAGACCAACCGGAACUAUAUACGGUUCCAAUGGCACCAUCACCUUGAACGGAAGUUCCAACACAUCCGGCAUCGCGCUUCUUGAUUAUGGCGCAAACUUUGAAGGCCUGCCCACUUUCGAGGUUGUAUCCGUCAGUGGAGACGUCUCGGGGUUCCAGAUCAAGUACAGUGAGACCAAAAGCGUACUCGAGACCAAUGCGAACAGCGAUGGUCCAGUUGGUCUGGCAGCAGCCAUGGACUCCUAUCGAGUAAACAUGUACAGCAACAUUACCGGCCCGACAAACCACACAAACCGGCUCAUUCAAGGAGGCUUCCGUUAUCAGGAAUUGAGGCUCAUCACCGCGGGCGAGAUGAUUCUGAGGAAUGUCGGUGUCAAGCCAACCACGUCAACGGAGUCAAUUGGCUCACUCCCAGGCUCCUUUGAGUGCUCAGACGACAAAUUGAACCAAAUCUGGAACGUAGGGGCAAGGACUGUCCAGCUCAACGAGAUCCCCGCUAACAGUAUCCCUCUUUUCUGGGAAGUCUCUUCCGAGGGUUCGUACGUUGAGAGCCAGGCUCCGCAGUCCUACGCCUCGCCAGCUGCUGCAUCUUUAAUGAACUACGUACUCGAAUUCGACGUAAAGCCUGUCGCCAAUGGAUUCUCCUUUUCGGUUCUUGCUGAUACGCUGAACUUGGGUAUCUAUAUAUGGUGCAACAUCGCUAAUGGCACGAUCAGUGCAAAUAACGGAGCCACAGAGGCCACAUCUGGCUUCCUUGCUUCAGCUUCUCUUGCCGCAAACGUCACGGUGGGCAACUGGCACAAGGUCCAAGCUAUCGUUGAUCUCUCUAAUAUCAGCAUAUCGAUCGAUGGUUCAGAAGUUCUGAAGUUUACCCAGACCGUGUCGUUCUUCGGAUCGUUUGGUCUGGGCGCGGCUCUCAACCAAUCUGCUAUUUUCAAAGAUCUGAAAGCAUAUGCACCCGACGGAACACCUAUAUAUUCGUCGGAAUUAAAGGAUGCAAGCUUCCUUCCGGACUUCUUGAUGGGGACUAAUCCUCACCCAACGACCGUAGAUGGCUCGAAGCGGGAUCGCAUCGCGUACGCUGGUGAUCUCGAUGUUUCUGUUGGCACAACAAUGGUCAGCACAUUUGGCGUAGAGUACAUCCAAGGCACUCUUGACCUCUUUGCUGGCUAUCAGGCGACGCCAGGGUUCUUUAUCCCCACUGUCAAGAUCCAGCAAGAGCCCCUGCCUGAGCGUCUCGACAUCAGCAUCACUGGCCUUAUUGGAUACUCAUUCAACUUAGUCUGUGCGGUUGCGAGCUUCUACCAAUCAACCGGAAACAAGACCUUAGCUCUUGAGUGGGCGCCAAAGAUUGUUGAAAUGUUGAAUUGGGCCGACUCGCAAACUCUUCCUGGAAACGGGCUGUUCAACGUCUCAAACCCCAGUUUCGGUGGUGAUUGGAACUACUACGAUCCAGUACAGGCCGGCGUUUCUGCAAAGUUCAACACCCUCUACGCCUACACUUUACAGUCUUCUCUUACACUGUUGGCAGAUGCGGGUGUCAAUGCGACGCAAUAUUCCGCUCGACUAGAUGCUCUCCGCAUCGCCAUCAACAAACACUUGUGGAGCAAUGAACUUGGAGCUUACUUUUUAUCCAACUUUGUCAAAGACGGCUUCGCACAGGACAGCAACGCCUACGCUAUUCUUGCUGGUGUGACAAAUUCCAACCACACCUCUCAGCAAGUCUUAGCUUCCAUGGGCAAUUUGUCUACCCCAUACGGUCCUCACGCCUUUUCUGCCGGCGCCCUUGACGCUGGCUUCCGAAAACUAAUCAGUCCUUUCGCCUCUGCUUAUCACUUGCGUGCCGCGUUCUCUGCCGGCAACGCUGCAGUGGCCAAAGAGCUCCUGCGCACUCUCUGGGGACCUAUGGCUGAUCCUGCCGGCACAAACUAUACCGGCUGUUUCUGGGAGACCCUGGACACUAACGGAGGUCCAGGACUGGGCGAUAUCACCAGUUUGUGCCACGCUUGGGGAUCUGGGCCCACUGCUGAGUUGAGUACCCACGUGCUGGGUAUUCGUGCCGUGAAGCCUGGCUACUCGGAGUGGCUGGUGUCGCCCAUUACUUUGGGGCUAUCAUGGGCCCGUGGAAAGAUUCCUGUACCUGGUGGUUACAUUGAUGUGUCUUGGAAUGCUACCGACGAUGUUGUUACCCGUUUGGAGGUGACUGCGCCCAAUGGUACUAUGGGAAUGGUACAGCUGCCAGUGGGCAACACUUCCUGUCCUACGGCCUGGACUCUGAAUGGCAAGCCUGUCGACAGCGAGAGUGGACAAGUCAGCGUUGCGGGCGGAGAUGUGUUAAUUUGGGAGGAAGAGCACAAGAUUCAGACGGGACAAGAUGUGCCCAACGAAUGCUCAGUACCCUAG